AUGGGAUUACUUCUCCUUCUCCUUUCCUUUGUUUACAAGUUUCACCAAACUAGUACAUUUCUAGGUUGGAAGUUUGACCACAAAAGGUCCCUCCCUACCCCCGUCAUCGGAACCAAUCGAGAUCAGCAAGAAAAAGACGGCAGAUGGACCACCGGGGUAGCCUCAUGCUACCCUGUCACCUUCGAUGUUGCCGCUGCUUUAAAUCACCAGCCACCACCUCCGGCCAACCCCUUCUACUACGAACGAACACAGGAGGUUAAUACCCCCCACUUCAUAUUGUAUUUGAAAAAAAAUGCACGCUUCCUCCCCUUUCUACCCUUAUACGCUAAUACACGCCUCCAAAACUACGCACCCACCUUUAGAUCGUCUCUUCUGUCUCUUCCGACCGUCGACCAUCUCCAGCACCGAUCACCUCCUCCCGUCGUCUACCUCCCUGAAAUCGACUCCCACCAUGACUUCCGACGCCAAGCUUCGACAUCAUUGUCCUUUCUCCUCCCUUCCACCCAUUCUCCUACCUCUCUGAUCUACAAUACCUCUCCGAUAUACAAUCAUCUACUACCUCCGACAUUGAUUUUGCCGCCUCCGCCAGCCUCUACUAGCGCCGCCAGCGACGACGACCUGAUGUUGCAAGUGACUAGUGAAUAGAAGUUGAUGGUAUCGUGAAGGCUGCGAUGAUGAUGAUAAAGGUUAAUGACAGGUGGGUGCCCGGUAAUGGUGUAUGAUGGUAGGGUGUGAUGAAGAGGGUGAUGGGUUGUUGCAUGUUAAUGGUGAAGAUGCCCUCUUCGUGUCUGUUUUUGUAGAUUAGCAGCAUUUUUUCAUUCACAUGUUCAAGAACCAAAAAAAUCAUAUGCAUUAUAUCAUGUAAACCUUGUAUGGGGUGUGAUGUUGACCAAAUUAUUGGCCGAAAAUUGUAAUGAAAUAUUCGGUUGUUUAGUUUACAUUGUACCUUGAUGAAAAAAAUUAUAUGCAUGAUGUUCAUUUCUAGCAUCCUACUUUGAUGUAAUUUUUUUUCAAGGGUAUGUUGUUGUAAUUGAAAGAAGUGAUACUGAAGGGUAAAAAUG